AUGGCAGAAGCUAAGACUCGCUGGCUUGGAGCAGUCCUGUCUCUCAUCCCUUUAAUUUUCCUCCUCUCUGAAGCUGAAGCUGCUUCAUUUCAGAGAAACCAGCUGCUUCAGAAGGAACCAGAUCUCAGAUUGGAAAAUGUCCAAAGGUUUCCCAGUCCUGAAAUGAUCAGGGCUUUGGAGUACAUAGAAAAGCUCCGACAACAAGCUCACAAAGAAGAAAGCAGCCCAGACUACAAUCCCUACCAAGGUGUUUCUCUUCCCCUUCAGCAAAAAGAAAACGGUGACUUGCCAGAAAGUUCGAGGGAUUCCCUGAGUGAAGAUGAAUGGAUGAAGAUAAUAGCUGAAGCUUUGAGACAGGCUGAAAAUGAGCCCCAGUCUGCCCCAAAGGAAAACAGGCCUUAUACUUUGAAUUCAGAAAAGAACUUUCCAAUGGACAUGCCUGAUGAUUAUGAAACUCAACAGUGGGCAGAGAGAAAGCUCAAGCACAUGAGAUUCCCUCCUAUGUAUGAAGAGAAUUCCAGGGACAACCCCUUCAAACGCACAAAUGAAAUAGUGGAGGAACAAUAUACUCCUCAAAAUCUUGCUACAUUGGAAUCUGUCUUCCAAGAGCUGGGGAAACUGACAGGACCAAACAAUCAGAAGCGUGAGAGGGCUGAUGAGGAGCAAAAACUUUACACAGAUGAUGAAGAUGAUAUCUACAAGGCUAAUAACAUUGCCUAUGAAGACGUGGUUGGGGGAGAAGACUGGAACCCAGUAGAGGAAAAAAUAGAGAGUCAAACUCAGGAAGAGGCAAGAGACAGCAAAGAGAAUGCAGACAAAACUGAGCAAAUCAAUGACGAAAUGAAGCGUUCCGGGCAGCUGGGCCUCCAAGAUGAAGAUCUCCGGAAAGAGAGUAAAGACCAACUCUCAGAUGAUGUCUCCAAAGUAAUUGCCUAUCUGAAAAGGUUAGUGAAUGCUGCGGGAAGUGGGAGGUCCCAGAAUGGGCAAACUGGGGAAAGAGCAACCAGGCUCUUUGAGAAACCACUUGAUCCUCAAUCUAUUUAUCAGCUGAUUGAAAUCUCAAGGAAUUUACAGAUACCCCCUGAAGACUUAAUUGACAUGCUCAAAACUGGAGAGAAGCCAGUGGAACCAGAGCAGGAGCUUGAGAUUCCUGUUGAACCUGAAGACAUCUCAGAGGCUGACUUAGACCAUCCAGAUCUGUUCCAAAAUAAGAUGCUCUCCAAGAAUGGCUACCCCAAAACACCUGGUCGUCCUGUGGCAGAGGCCCUACCGGAUGGGCUCAGUGUGGAGGACAUUCUAAAUCUUUUAGGGAUGGAGAGUGCUGGAAAUCCAAAGCCUCCAUAUUUUCCCAAUCAGUAUAACCGAGAGAAAGUUCUGUCAAGACUGCCCUAUGGUCCUGGAAGAUCUAAAGCUAACCAGCUCCCCAAAGCUGUCUGGAUGCCAGAUGUUGAAAACAGACAGAUGGCAUAUGAGAAUCUGAAUGACAAGGAUCAAGAAUUAGGAGAGUACUUGGCCAGGAUGCUGGUUAAAUACCCUGAGAUCAUGAAUGCCAACCCCGUGAAGCGAGUUCCCAGUCAAGGCUCAACUGAAGAUGAUCGACAGGAUGAGAACCAAAUUGAGCAGGCACUCAAAGAGCAUUUGAGUCAACACAGCUCUCAGGAGACUGAUAAACUGGCCUCGGUAAGCAAAAGGCUCCCGGUAGGGACCCCGAAGAGUGACGAUACUCUCAAUAGACCGUACCUGGAUGAAGAUCUGUUAGUGAAAGUGCUGGAAUACCUCAACCAAGAAAAGGCAGAAAAGGGAAGGGAGCACAUUGCCAAGAGAGCAAUGGAAAAUAUGUAA